AAGUUCUGAUGCAAUGUACUGUUGACUCAAUCAACCUUGAAGGCACGGCAAAAGGCGGUAUUUAUUAACAUUUAUGUAUCUCUCAUGACUUCAUAUAAUAAGCAUCUACCCGUCAUACGUAGUAUCGUCACCAUGACUGGGUGUCGCGGUGGUACCGUCACCAUGACUGGGUGUUGUAGUGGAGUUGAUACCAUCAUGACGAUCCCUGUUCGGUACGUCAUUGACUUCUCGAACCCGGGAUUAUCUUCCACCGUGAGAUGUAAGUGGACGUUCGGAAUUAUCUGCUCGACUAAGCUUCAUUGCCGAUGAAACAAUUUCCUAUUUUGUACCUGUCAUCUCGAUCUAAGCUCAUAGC